GAGAAGCUUCUCCACCCCCACCCCUAUCGCGACCACACACUUCCGUCCUUGUGUGUCCUUGUUUCACAGCGAUCCUUGUUCAACGCUUAUGCUUUUGUAAGCGUGUUGUGGCCUGCUUAACACUCGUUCUAACGCGAAAACAAUUGUUGUUUUCGCGCACAAAUACUAACCGCGCUCAAUAGCUCAUUCGGUCUCGUAAAAGGCGUCCGAGUUUUUUCGCGAAGCAAACAAGAAGUGAAAAAUCGGCUGGAAAACUCGAAAGAGAAGUUGGCGUUCUACGAAUCCUGUGUUGUCAAUACAGUCGUAGGAGACUCACUCGUAAACAUGAAUCCCCGCGAAUCUUAUUCUUUUUCCUUAAAUUUUUCCAAACGAAAUCAUUCUUCGUGAAUAAAUCAUUCGAUGCAUCGCAAAUCCGCAUCGCACAAGACUUCGAUUCGAGUAUUUAUUGAAAAAUUCUUUUUGCUUCCGUGAGCAAUCAAAGUGGCUCCCGUGGAGGUUGUCGAUCGCAACAGCAAAAUUGGCUCUAACACGGAUCCCACAAUGGUCAUACGGUCAGAUGGUGGCAGCAGCGAAAGCCCACUUCUAGUCGAAGAGGGCGAGGCUGUUGGCCAACCACACAGUCCUCACAGCAAAGUCCACUCAAGUCACAAUCAUACCGCCCAUGUUAAUCCCCAUGGAGCUCAAAGUCAUCAUCACGAUAAGCCUAAACAGGCGGUAAAAUAUGGCGAACUAGUCAUCCUUGGUUACAACGGUUACCUCCCACCCGGUGACCGUGGCAGAAGAAGAAGUAAAUUUGUUCUUUUGAAAAGAGCAACACCUAAUGGUGUAAAAAGAAGCAAACAUUAUGUUGUCAAGACUCCACACAGUUCUCAGGCCAUCCUAAACACAAAGCAACAUUCGAUCUCGUACACACUUUCAAGGACGCAAGCUGUGAUCGUUGAAUAUACUGAGGAUGAAGACACUGACAUGUUUCAGAUCGGUAGAUCUUCGGAAUCUCCUAUUGAUUUCGUGGUGAUGGACACUUACCCUGGAGGUGCCGACAGUACAGCUGCAAGUGAAGGUCGGGUUGCACAGAGCACCAUCAGCAGGUUUGCCUGUAGAAUUCUCGCAGAUCGUUCUGACCCCAGAAUCGCUAGAAUCUAUGCAGCUGGUUUCGAUAGUUCUAGAAACAUUUUCUUAGGCGAGAAAGCAACAAAAUGGCAAGAGAACCGAGAGAUAGAUGGACUUACAACUAAUGGUGUUUUAAUCAUGCAUCCUCGAGGACAUUUUUGUGGGGGCGAGGCCCAGUGCGGAUGCUGGCGAGAAGUUAGCGUUGGCGGCGGUGUUUUUUCUCUGAGAGAAAGCCGCAGUGCUCAGCAGAAGGGAAAUGUCGUGGAUGAUGAGGACAACAUCCUUAAGGAUGGGACUCUGAUUGAUCUGUGUGGAGCAACUUUGCUCUGGAGAUCAGCGGAGGGACUUGCAAAGUCUCCUACAAAACACGACUUGGAGGAAUUAGUAGAUGCUAUAAACGCCGGACGGCCGCAGUGUCCGGUUGGUUUAAAUACGUUGGUGAUUCCUCGAAAAGCUGCAUCUGAGUCUGCCCAGCAGCAGCCUUACGUUUAUUUAAAAUGCGGACACGUGCAAGGGCAUCACGACUGGGGCCAAGAAAAGGAUAAGUCGACGAGGCGAUGUCCGAUGUGUAUGCUCAUUGGACCGAUAGUCAAAUUGUGCAUGGGAAUUGAACCUGCCUUUUAUGUCGACAGUGGUCCUCCAACGUACGCAUUCAGCCCUUGCGGGCACAUGGCAACUGAAAAGACUGUAAAGUAUUGGGAAAAAGUAGCUAUCCCACAUGGUACAAAUGGUUACAUAGCGAUUUGUCCUUUCUGCGCGGUACCGCUGGAAGGAAGUCCCGGAUAUGUAAAAUUGAUCUUUCAAGAUCACGUAGACUAGAAUGAGAUUGCAGGAGAGUUGAAAAAAAUCUCUAAUAUGUACAGAAGUCAUUAUUUUUUAUCCUGGUAUUUAUAAGCCGGGGUGUUAGAGCCUUAUUGCUGUAAGUUAUUGAAAUAUUGACUUUUAAAUGAUAAGCUGCGUGCUAUGGCCGAAGAAUGCUUUUGCUUUCUUUGCUCGGCACGCUUAGGUAGUCCCCAUUGAAACAAAAAAUCUAGAUCUAUUUCGUGAAAUCAUGUUGUACAAAGAAGCUUUCCCGCAAUAUCUUUCUAGGGCUUCGAAAUUCGUUUACCAAAGACACGACUUGCAUAUUCGUAUACUUCCAGUAUAACUUUUAUCAACCUGCAUUCCACAAAUAUCGGAUGAUAUUCAUUUGUUUUAAUUUGAUUACAGACGUAAGAUACAUGUUAGGAUGAGGAAUAAAGUGUUUUUGAUCUAUGUAA